AUGCAGCGAGAGUUCGGCCGCCUCGGGAUCUCGGGUACUGUUCUUUUGAAGCGCAAGAUACUUGCUCUUAUUGAGAGUAAUCAUGUCCAUGAUUGGGAUGACCCUCGUUUGUAUACGCUUAUUGCUCUUCGGCGCCGGGGGGUUCCUCCCGAAGCGAUUCUCGGUUUCGUCAACGAGCUUGGGGUUACCAUGGCCGAGACUACUAUUGAUACAAACCGAUUUGAGCAAUGCAUUCGUCGCUAUCUAGAAGUCACAGUUCCUCGCCUGAUGCUUGUCCUCGAUCCUAUUCCAGUGGUUAUUGAUAAUAUCCCAGAAGAUUAUAUUGAGAUGGUGGAGCUGCCGUUCUCCAAAGAUCCAGCUUCUGGUGUCCAUACCGUUCCAUUCACCAGAACCGUCUACAUCGAACGCAGUGACUUCCGAGAAUCGGCCUCAAAAGACUUCUUCCGUCUUGCACCUGGCACAUCUGUCGGACUGUUAAAAGUCCCAUAUCCCAUCACAGCAACUGGAUUCGAAACAGACCCUGAAACAAGAUUAGUUACUCUAGUGAACGCUCGUUAUGAAAAGCCCGACGAAGGGUCUGCAUUUAAAAAGCCUAAGAGGUAUAUCCACUGGGUUGCAAAAUGCCCUUCAAAGAACAGCCCCGUCAAAGCUACUGUCCGCGUCUUCAACUCCCUUUUCAAAUCAGACGACCCCAAUACUCGACCUGAGGGAUUUCUGUCUGAUGUCAACCCCCACUUCGAGGAGAUAUUCCCAAACGCAAUGAUUGAGACUGGCAUCGAGGAAAUCAAGCGCACCGCUCCAUGGCCAAGACCCCGCGAGGGGUAUACCGAGGCUGCAUCUGGCAUCACACCACCAGAAACCGUUCGAUUCCAAGGGAUGCGCAUUGCAUAUUUCUGCCUAGACCGCGACAGUACAGAGACAAACCUCGUUUUAAACAGGAUAGUAAGUCUAAAAGAGGAUGCCAAGAAGGCAUAA